CUUAGGGAAUGUUCUGGUGGGCCUACAUUCUUUCCUAUCUGUGCUUGUCCGAGGCAGCUGCUAUGUUGAAGCCCACAAGAGUGUCCAGGAAAUAUCCAGGUAGACAAAGUUCCAAGCUGAUCAACGUUCUGAUGGAUAAACGGAGGAAAAGGCUCCUAGGUGGGGAUAUGUUCAACGAACAGCUCGAAGUAUCAGGACCUGCUGAGUCCACAUAUUUGAAUGAAUCUAAGAAAAUCAGAAAUAAAAACUUCAGAGAUAUAUUUGUACCUUUAACCAUGAGAUUAUACGCCGAUUGGGGCUACACCAUGGACUCAAAAAGUCCUCUGAAGGAGGAAUGCCACUCAACGGGGUACUAUCCGAAGUUUUCCUGGUUGGCUGUCCAAAAAAGGAACUCGUUGAUCGGGGAACCCCGUCGAUUUUUAACCAGCCUUCGAACUGAAAUGUACGAAAAGGCUGAUGCUGAGAAAUGCCACACGCCGGAAAUGACGAAUGUCCUUGAAUUCUUGGAGUGUCAAAUACGCAGGCAUAUGCGACUGGAGCUGGAAAUUCCAAAAUAUCCAGAUUCUCCAAAGUAAUUAGAAGAAUGGGGCUCAAUAAAGGAUUUUUUAAAGGCUUGGGCCCCCACCAUAUAUUUAUAUUUAAAUAUGUAUAUUUGAAAAUGUAUUUUAUUAAAAAAAUUUUAUAAAUUUAUAUAUGUUUUAAUAAAAAGUUAGUUGUGGG